ACCAUCGAUCGCUGCCUCGCCUGUACUACGCUCCUCGUCUGCGCCACGAGCCGCGUUCAUCCAGCUCUCCCUCUCAGAUACUCACCAUGAGUCUUUCCGUGAGCGGACGUCCGCCGCCCUCGUUGCUCACCGAUGCAUCGACGCGUUCACGCCUCGCGACCCUGGUACCCAAUCUCGAAGCCUCGCUCGCCAAUGCCUCCUUGAGCCCGCCAACAAGCAAUGGGACGCUGGCCGCCACCGAUCUGCAGAAGCUUCUGUACAAUAUUCAAGUCUACCAGCACGAUUUCUUGGGCGCUGAAGCUCCCCAGAGGCCUGCAAAUUCGUCUACCUCUAACCCUUUGGCCAAACAUCCUCCCCGCAUUCCAGCCCAGCACUUCCGCACCACUGCAUCCCUCGCGUCUACAGAAGGCCCCUCCGCCGACUCGAGCGUAUUCGACGUCCUGGACGCAGCGCUGCAAUUCCUUGCCAAGCGUGGAGACAAGACCAUCGAGCUCGCUGGCGAUGCCUCGAAUACGGAAUUGAUCGCUGCUAUUCGAGAGCGUCUGAGACAAAAGGGAUGGCUCAAGCGAUUCCGAGUAGCGGCAGAAGGGGACUUCAGCGAAGCGGAGAAGGAAGCAUUGAAGAGGAUGGCAGAGGGAUUAGAGUGCGACUGGACCGACGAUGCCACACAAGCCACGCACGCCCUUGUACCAUCAAAUACGCCGCCAGCUUCGCCAUCGGGCUCAUCCCCGGACUACCACAGGACCUUGGCUAAGUCAUCGGACGGCAAGAAGGCUCUGGUUCACGUCUGGUAUCGGCCGGACUCACACGACACAUGGCUGCCGGCAACAGAUUUCGCUGAUCCAGAGCCCGAGCCAGAAAGCAAAGCGCGCUGGGAGCUAGAGAGCCGUUGGCUGAAAGACGGAGUGAGGUACAACGAGCUGAUGAACGAGGAAGACUACGAGAUCUUUGCAGAAGAUGCGCCUGCACCGGAAACUGUGCCCAAGAAGCGCGAGAUGCCGGACGAGAUCAUGGAUGACUCCUUGGACAGCCCGGCUCCAGCUGAAGGAUCUUCGUCGAAGAAAAUCAAGCUGCUCGUUGCCGCUAGGCCUGUCGGGGCUGUACCCAUUGAUCUUACAGGAGCUUCUGCCUCAAUCCCUGGCAAGGUCUACGAGAAGGAGCCUAUUACUGGGGCCGCCAUCGGAAAUCUGCCUUCCGAGCCAGCGCUCGCAGGUGAUGUCACUAUGGCAAGUGGGGCAGACAACGCCGAGGCUCGAGCAGAUGCAGAUGACAGUGACGACAUCCCCUCGGCCGCUGCCAUUUCGGCGCAACAUCGUCAAGCCGCUGCUCUUGCCAAACGCUAUCUAGCCUCUCAGACUCAGGAGAUCAUCAUCCCAUCUUAUUCAACUUGGUUCUCCUUCAACACGAUCGCUCCACUAGAAAAGAGGAGUCUGCCGGAGUUCUUCAAUGGCAGGAACAGGAGCAAGACUCCAGAGAUCUACAAAGAGUACAGAGACUUUAUGAUCAAUACCUACCGCCUCAAUCCCAGCGAAUAUCUCACCUUCACUGCAUGCAGGAGAAAUUUGGCAGGAGAUGUCUGCAGUAUUAUGCGUGUUCACGGUUUCCUGGAGCAGUGGGGUCUGAUCAACUAUCAAAUUGACGCUGAGACCAGGCCAGCUGCUCUUGGCCCUCCUUUCACCGGCCAUUUCCGCGUCCUGGUGGAUACUCCGCGAGGCCUGCAACCCAUGCAUCCCGGCACCCGCCGGCCUGAGCAGCCUGGUCAUGCAGCUCUUUCCGCUAAUGGCGUUGAGCAAGUCAACGGACAUAGCACCAAGGAGCCUGCCACCGUCGAUCUGUCCCUUGAACUGAGGAGGACUGUCUACUCGACCACUCUGCGGGCGAGCAAGAGGAUCAGUGAAGCAGAAGGUCAGAGCCUAACGCAGGCGGCAGACGCAGCAGUCUCAUCCGGAGCCGCUGCUGGCCCCUCGUACUCCUGCGAUACUUGCGGAACAGAAUGCACUCGGUCGCGCUACCACUCGAUCAAGAACAAAGACUAUGUCCUUUGCCCUGGAUGCUACACAGAAGGACGCUUUCCGUCUUCGAUGUUCUCUGGGGACUUUGUCCGCAUCGACGAUUUGCCUUUCAAGCAAGGCGGCGGCUCCGCUGCCAUUGAAGGAUCCAGUGGUGAAGAGUGGUCGGAUGCCGAGAUGCUGAGACUGCUUGAAGCUCUGGAGAUGCACGGAGAUGACUGGUCAAAGGUGGAAGCUCAUGUGGGCACCAGAAAUGUGGAAGAGUGCAUUUCGCGAUUCGUACAAUUGCCGAUCGAAGACCCAUAUCUCGGCGGUCACUCCAAGGGUACUGGCGUGUCGACUUCUCAGUCCGACCUCGGCCCGCUGCAGUACCUGCGAGACCCCAAGGCGCUCAAUGGGGCCACUAUACCAUUCGCCCAAGCCGACAAUCCGGUCAUGAGCGUCGUUGCCUUCCUUGCGAGUGCCGUCAGUCCAGCUGUCGCUGCCGCUGCAGCACAAAGCGCUCUAGGCGAACUGACGGAUGGGCUGAGACAGAGGCUCAAGAAGGGCGAAGAGGUGCGACCGGACGAUGUUGCCGCCGCUGAACCUGCUGCGUCUGCUGCUGCCGGUAGCGCCGAAGUUACCGAAGCGGACGCAAUGGAGGUGGACAAGCCCAGCAAGCAAGUCGAUGGCACUGCCUCAGCGCCCGAAAUCGAAGUCAACAUCACCGACGCUGCCAAGUCUGAGCUUGCCCAAGCCAAGGAAGACGCAGAAGAUGCUCCUCAGCCUACUGUCGAAGGCACUUCUUCCAAGCCCAAGAGCGCCCUGCCCCGCAACGCAGUCGAGCGAGCUGCCUCGAUUGCCCUCGGCGCUGCUGCCUCCAAGGCAUACGUCCUCUCCUCCUUUGAGGAGCGCGAAUGUCAACGUCUGGUGAAGCAGGUCCUGGAAGCUCAAAUGCGCAAAAUGGAACUCAAGAUGUCCCAAUUGGACGAGCUUGAAUCCUUGGUAGAUCAGGAGCGACGCAUGGUCGAAGUUGAGAAGCAAGGUCUCUUCAGCGAUCGACUAAAAGUACAACGUCAAUUGCGCGCUGUAGGGGAGUUGAUGAGAAAGGCACAGCAGCAAUUGCAACAGGCACAGAGUCAGGGAGCCGUACAGGGACAACCGGUCAAUGCGCAGGAUCUGCAGAGGGUGGAGCAGAUGGGCGUUAGGGAUGGACAGGGACCGCAGGUUAGAGAUGCUGGACAGGGUCAGGGAGUCACGCUCCCACAGGGUGGGACAGUCGCGCAAUUGUAAGAGGCGACACAAAGGGUCUCUUCACCAUACCUUUCCAAAAGCCCCUGUACGACUACCUCUCUCCUCGUCUCGUGCUUCUGAUCCUUCUUGUCACCCCAUAAACAACGCUAGCGCCUGAAGAGGAACAAUUAACAUACACAGAUAGCAUUGCGACUGUGUGUCUGU